UAGUUAUGACGAAGUUAAAAAGUGAUCUAAUAUCAUAAGCUUGUCACAGUUUUUCACUUAGAAUAAGUUUUUCAUGCUAAUUAUCUCUAGUUGGAUAGGUUUAGAAAAUAAAUAAGAAAUGUAAAGUUUGCCUCUAUAAGAAAGGGUUGCCUCCAACCGGAACCAAGCCACCACCAACAUUCUCAACUCUCCUUUUGUGUGACUAAAACAAUGCGCUCCGCCGCCGCUAUGCCGCUCAUCAUCGUCUUGCUCGUCGCCCUCUACUCCAUUGCAUCUCCCAAUGUAGCAGCCGCCGGAGAAUUACGCCAAAGGGUUACGCAAUGCGUUACUGGACGAAGCAUAUCUCCAAUGAUUUGCCCCCACCGGAGUUCCUGUUCAACAAAGCGUCGCCGCUGAGCGCCGCCUUCUCGAAGCUCGCCGAUCAGAGCUGGAUUUCUUCUCAUCUCCCCGAGUUCUGCUCGAAGGCCAACCUCCUCUGUUUCCCCGACAAAGCCAACUACGCCACGGAGGAUCGCGUAAGGAGGGACCAUAUCGGAAACAAAUACUACGCCACGGAGGAUCGCGUAAGGAGGGACCGUAUCGGAAACAAAUACUACGCCACUGAGGAGAACGUGGUUGCAUCAAGUGGCAAAAAGGUAAAUAAAUGGGUGGUUGAGCCAGGGAGGUUCUUCAGAGAGUCCGUGCUGAAGGCUGGUGCCAUCAUGCCUAUGCCAGACAUCCGCGAUAAAAUGCCCAAAAGGUCCUUUUUACCCCGCCUCAUUGUCUCCAAAUUGCCCUUCUCCACCUCCAAGCUGGCAGACCUAAGGAGGGUCUUCCACGCUGUCGACGACUCGGGCAGCAUGGCCAAAAUGCUGACCGAUUCGCUGGAAGAGUGCGAGCGCGCCCCCAGCCCCGGCGAGGCGAAGCGGUGCGUGGCCUCAAUCGAGGACAUGAUCGACUUCGCCACGUCGGUGCUGGGUCCGAACGUCGCGGCGCUGACGACGGAGAGCGCCCGGGGGUAUAAUGGGGAGAUCAGGAUUGGAAAAGUCAAAGCGGUCAACGGCGGGAGAUUGACAAAAUCAGUGACGUGUCACCAGAGCUUGUUUCCGUACAUGCUUUACUAUUGCCACUCCGUCCCAAAAGUCCGGGUCUACGAAGCGGAUAUCCUGGAUCCGAAAUCCGAGUCGAGGAUCAACCGUGGCGUCGCCAUCUGCCACGUCGACACGUCCUCAUGGAGCCCGGGUCAUGAAGCCUUCGUCUCAUUGGGGUCGGGCCCCGGGAAGAUAGCGGUGUGCCACUGGGUGUACGAGAACGGUUUGACAUGGGCGAUAGCGGAUUGACCCGUGUUCGAAUUUGGAUUCGGGUUAGAGUUGGACCAGUUAUGUUAUGGAAAGGGUGAACCACUGGUUCGACCAUGUUAUAAUUGAACCCAUUCUAUAUUAAGCCUAAGUUAUUUAUUUAUUUUCAA